GAGUGGUUGUGGUUGUAGCGAAGAAGUUGGUAUAGAACUUGAUUUCGCCAUCAAUCAUUAAUAAUAAAAAAAAGAACCAAUCAAAAUGACUAAAUGAGCAGGCCAACAUCACUAUAGACUCUGGACUCGUUGGAAUCUUCCUUACACUUUCGAAAUGUCUUCCCCGUCAACUGAAUCCAGAAUCGCCAUGGCCCAAACACUCAUCUCCACCAUCGGCUCCGUCGCCGCCGCCGCAAUGGUCGUCCGCAGCGUCUCCCGCGACUACCUCCCCCCUGAAUUCCAAGACUACCUAUACCUCAACUUCCGCAAAUUCCUCAACAAGUUCUCUAACCAGUUAACCAUGGUCUUCUACGAAUUCGAAGGCUUUAACGACAACGAAAUCUACACCGCCACACAACUUUACCUUUCUUCUCGUAUCUCCUCCGAUAUCCACCGGUUAAAAGUCGCUAAAACCCCAAACGAACAACACUUCAACUUAUCCAUGGAGAUCAACGAGGAGUAUACAGAUGUUUACAAAGGAGUUAACUUCACGUGGUCUUUAGUUUCCAAGAAGAAACCCACUAGAGAGUAUUACACUCACGACGAAAACGGUAGAUCUUCCAAAUCAGACCUCCGAUCGCUAGAACUCACGUUUCACCGGAAACACAAAGAUCUCGCGUUGAAUUCCUACUUGCCGUUUAUCAUCACUAGUUCAAAAACCAUUAUACAAAAUGAGAAAACCGUGAAGCUGUUCACAGUGGAGAGAAAAACGAGCUAUACAAGGUAUCCUACGACGUGGACGCCGGUCAACCUUGACCAUCCUGCGACGUUUGAGACGGUGGCUAUGGAUACGGGUGUGAAGGAUAUGGUGGUGAAGGAUUUGGAUAGGUUUUUAGAACGGAGAGAGUAUUACCGGAAAGUCGGAAAGGCGUGGAAGAGAGGGUACUUGUUGUAUGGUCCUCCGGGUACUGGGAAGUCUAGCUUGAUUGCGGCCAUGGCGAAUUACUUGAAGUUUGAUAUAUAUGACUUGGAGUUGACUAAUAUUCAUUCGAAUUCGGAGCUGCGGAGGUUGUUGGUGGCGACGGCGAACCGGUCGAUACUGGUGGUCGAGGAUAUUGAUUGCUCGGUCGAGUUGCAUGAUCGGGUGCAAGCUGAAAGGGAGAAAGCGAUUCGAAGGGAUUACCGGCGAGGUUAUGAGGAAGAACCGAAGGUAACUUUAUCAGGGUUUCUUAAUUUCAUUGACGGGUUAUGGUCAAGUUGUGGUGACGAGAGGAUCAUAAUAUUCACAACAAAUAGGAAGGAGAAACUUGAUCCUGCACUUAUUCGUCCGGGUCGUAUGGAUGUUCACAUCCACAUGUCAUAUUGCACCCCAAGCGCCUUUCGGCUGCUAGUCUCCAACUACCUUGGUAUUACCGAACACAAUCUUUUUGAAGAAAUCGAUGAUUUGAUCUGCCAUGUGGAUGUUACCCCUGCUGAAGUAGCAGAACAGCUUCUUAAAGACAAUGACCCGGACAUUGCUCUUGGUGGCCUCAUUGAGUUUUUUGAUGUAAAGAGGAAGGAGAAUGAGGAGGCCAAAGCAAGGCUAAAAGAAGCAGAAGAAUUGGCUGCAAAAGAAAGUGAAAAGAAGCAAGAAGAGGAUGCACCGGACGCUUAGCUAAUUAAGUAAUUAAUUAUGAAGAUUGGGUACUUACUAUUUAAGCAUAUGCAUGUAUUGUAAAUGGACUUUGGUAUGACUUUUAUCUUAGUAAUGAGCUUUAAAAUAACCAUAAACGGUUUUAUGAGUUUA